UCUUAAUUCAGUCGCAAAAAUGAAAAUCUUCCUCUUAUUGUGUCUUUUUCUUCCAAGCAUUUACGGAAAACCUCAAAUUGAAGUAUUUACGUGUCAGCAACCACAAAGCACUGAAUGUCUCUUCGACAACGUGAUCAUCGAAGAUGACGGAAUUUUCCUUCCCAAAUCGCACAACGAUCGAAUCAUCACAAAAGUCACGUUCAAAUCUUCUGUCGUGCCAACUUUAUCUUCCGUCAUCUGCGAUCAAUUCCCAAAUUUGCAAGUUCUCGAUGUGCGUCAUUCAUCAUUGCGAAAAAUUCUCGAAGGAGCUCUCGAUGGAUGUACCAAGCUACGCGAAAUUUAUCUUCAGGACAAUUGGUUGAAAGAGCUUCCGGAAAAUUCGUUUCACAAAAACUCGCAUUUGGAGCAAAUUUACUUGAACAGCAACAAUUUGACGGAAAUUCCUUUGGAGCUUUUCAAAGGUUUGCGUUCCUUGCAGAAAAUUGAUUUGUGUGCGAAUCGUCUUUCGCGCUUGCCUGCCGUGAUUUUUGACGAUUUGAUAUCCAUGGAAAGUUUGGAACUGUUGAGUAAUCCCUUGUUGUCACUUGAAAUCGAGGAAAUGUACGUCGAAAUGCCGAAAUUGAAGUACACUCUGUUCGAUGAUUUGGAUUUGCCAUGUUCGCGAGCUGCUGAAGUUACAAAUUUUCUGAGUCAGAACAACAUUUAUAACUCUUAUCAAGGGAGUUAUUCGGACAAUCAUUCGAGAUCCCAAUCGGAAAUUCAACGAAAACGUAUUUAUGUGGCUUCAAGUGCGGGAAAUUAUUAUUGCAUCAACGAUGAACAACAUGAACGAGAAGUUUACAUAAGAGAAACACUUCCAAAAAUUCUCAAUGAAUGUGGAUUGCAAAAAAAUAUUUAAAAAUUUAUCGAUUUUUUUUUUUAAUU